AUGACUAUCGCGCCGCCCGAAAGCAAACCUUUGGAUAGUCUCUUGGCGCAUCGUCCUGAUGCACAAGAAUUGGUGAACAAGAAUAUCCUCAAAGAUCCCAAGGUGGCACCGGCUAUCCAGCAACAACGCGAUGAGCUGUCCAAGCGCAAAAUUGAAGACUCCCUCCGCCACAAGAUCAAUCACCGACCAACUGCCGAAGAGCUGAUUGAGCAUAAUAUUUUGAAGAGCGACCCUGGCAAAGUAGCUCCGGCUCUGCAACGAUCGCAGCUGGAGCUUGAGAAAAGCCGGCUGCAGGAUAAAUUGCAGCAAAGAAUCAGCGAACGACCCGACUUGGCCAAAUUGGUCGAACAAGGCAUCCUCAAAGAAAGUGACCUUGAAUAA